AUGGAGAAAACACGGCGGAAACAAGAGGUCACCUCGCUGACCCCCACAGAGCCCUGUGGUGAGUGUCAUCUGAAAAAUCCAAGAACCCAGGACAUCACCAAACAGCUCAACGUCUGCUCUCCAUGUCUCCCCCCUCUCUCUCGGUUGUGUGGACAGGUACCUCUGGCUCGCUCAGAGACUCACCUCAGUGAGCUCCUGGAUGGUGUGUGCAACAGCAUGAGCGACUACGCCCUCCACGUGGACCCUGACACCCAGCAUAAGCAGUACAAGAGGUUUGCACCCAGGAGCAGCGGGGCCACCGGGGACUUCCCCGACCUGAAAAAUUUCCAGUUCACCGGACUCGAGGAAUCCAAUCCUCUGAAAUUUGCAGUAAGUCCAGUGCCUCAUGAUUUGUACUAUGCACUAUAUUUGUGAUAGAACCCUGAAUGAUAAGUGCGGACUAAUUUAGG